UCCACUCGCCCCAUCUCUUCCCAUCUCUUCGGCCUCGUGUUCUUAAGGCAAACUGUAAGGCUUCAGACUCAUCAAAUCCUCCAUUUCGCCUUUCAUUCGCUUGAUUUCUAUACAAGAGCAUGAGCUAUCAAGAGCAAAGGGCGAGCGUAUCAUAAGACAUGGACAUGCAUAUUUAAUGGAUAGAUCUGAAAGUUUAAAACCGAGCUUGCAUAGUCGAUAAGAGUAUAAAAAAGUCGGACAAGACGCCACUUUUGCCUACUGUUAGGAUACGUUUCGUCAGCGACAGGACACGUUGAAUGCUAAAAGAUAAAACAGGAAAGGCACCUGCAAACAAGGACAUCAAGUUUGUGGAUCAAACUUCAGAGACCAUCGACCUCCUUCAAAAUGGCCGUCCUGCGAUACCGGGAACUUCAGUGUUCAGCUCCAAACCAAAACGACGCAAGACAGAACAAACCGUGAGUCCUUCCGACAAUUACGAGCAAAUGCUGAACAUGCCGUUGAUAUUCACACAGGAGAUGUGCAGCUUGAUCCGCUCACCGGGGGCGUAUGGGUUACCUGGUCUUGAAGAACCAUCAGUUGAUAAGAACUUUGAUUUUUAUGACGAGGAGUUUGACAAGCAGAAUACGGAAGGCGCUGGUUCAGGCGCUGGUUCAAGCGACGGUACCAAAGGGGAUCAAGUACCACGCAUUACUGGCGAAGGGAACAAUGUGACGUCCCCGUACAACGAUCAGAACGAGUUCUGGCUGAUAAUGUAUUUCACCAGGACCAUGUGUCAGUUCUAUUCCCUAAAGUCCCCAGAUUGGACCAUAUACGCAUACAUGGGAGGCAGGCUUGCCUCUCAGUACUUGCCAUUGAAAUACGCCAUACUUUCGUGGACCGCUCUACAUUAUGCCACUGUUAAUGGCUCAUCAAAGGAUGUUGCUCAACAGUACUAUAAUGAGGCUCUAAACGUUGUGAUGCGUGAAGAGUUCAUAGGUGGUAAAGUUCAUGUUGAGCUUCUUCUCACCACUUGCUUUUUUUUAUUGCAAUUUGAUAUUGCAAUGGGGACCAGACAAGCAAAGAGAAUAUUACGCCACGUGUGGUCGAAACUCCAAAUUGGACGUUUUUUUGGAGACAUUGAUCAGUCUUCAAGACCACAGCUUAGUCCGUAUGGGUAUCAGAUCCUAUAUUUCUUAUUACACAUCGACAUAAGAUCUUCAUUAUUUACUGGGAAUAUAAGCUUCCCAGACUAUGUUAUCAUACCAAAGAAUCAACGCAACGUCAAUAUUGUGUACUUGACAACUUCAAAGCUUUAUGAUGACAAAGCCUCCGACAUUGCAUGGCAAACUAGGGGAGUUUCAAGUGACAUAUUCGGAAAGGACUAUCCUAAAUCUUUUACAGAUGAUGACACGCUACUAGAUCACAUUCUUGUCACCACCAUGAGGAAUAUAAUGACACUUGGUCGAGUCAUCAGAUUGAGGAACUGGCUUGAUCAGUGUGGAAAUUCGACAGAGUUCGACCCAGAGUCAUUUCAACAAGAAGUGGAUGAGUUGGUUAGUGAGAAUGAACAGUUAUAUGAGACUUUCAAGAGCACCAAAAUGUCUGGUAGGAACGUUCAGUCAUCAAUGCUUAUAUGUAACGCUCUGGUAUACUGUGCAGUGAUCCUACUAGACAGGCAGAUCCAUCCGAAUAUCAAGUCCAAUGAGCGUUGUCAAGAUGCUGCGAAAGAGAUCAUCAAGAUUGCAGUCAAGUUAAACACUAUCAGGGAUUCACAAUACCCAAGGUCUCAGCUUUGGCCUUUCCCACUUUUGAUAGCCGGAAUAGAGACGACGGAUCCUAUUUAUCAGGCGUGGGUGCUCGACGCAUUUAAAGAGUACAGCACCAAAGGCUGGGGAAUACAUAUUACAAAAGCAGUUCGUCUCUUAGAGGAGUGUCUUCGUAAGCAAGGGGAAGAGGACGUACGUGUUGAUGUAGGGGAGGUGAUGAUGAAUGUGACUGGUGUGUUUAUCAUAUGAAUGAAGUUCAACAUGAGCAAGAGACUGUAGGGAGUUGGCAGGAUACUUGGGGUAAGUGUCCGAAGGAGGCCACAUGUUGAUCGCUUAGGUCAAGCCUUUCGAUAGAUAAUGGGUAUAGCUAGUACUAAUGUGAAGAGUCACGGAAAAAACGGUUUAUUGAAGGUCUCUAUAUUCCUUAUUUAACAGGAUUGAACUC